GUGAGGGGUGUUGGCCACAAUAGCGCGGAGGGCGCUGUCACGUGGUGUGGCGGGCGUGGCCUUGAGGAAGCGGAUCCCGCGCUGGGCCGGGUGCCGAUUGACACCAAAGCUGCCAGAGAAUGGACAGUGAGGUACAGAGAGAUGGAAGAAUCUUGGAUUUGAUCGACGAUGCUUGGCGAGAAGACAAGCUGCCUUAUGAGGAUGUCGCAAUACCACUGAAUGAGCUUCCCGAACCUGAACAGGACAACGGGGGCACCACGGAGUCGGUUAAAGAACAAGAAAUGAAGUGGACAGACCUAGCUUUACAGUACCUCCAUGAGAAUGUUCCCCCCCUGGGCAACUAACAGCUGGACUUCCCCUCCUCCACUGGUCAUCUUUCAGAAAUACAUGGGUACAAAAAGGUUUCCGUUUUGUCUCCUAAUUCAGAUCUUCUGGUGCUAGAGCAGCACUCAAGAAGGUACACUGCUCAUGAGAGACGGGUUGAGAUUUCUCAGGAAUGCAGAAUAGUUUGCUCUUUAAACCUCAAGUUCUUCAUUCACUAGCCCGUGUUUGAACAGCAGUUGAUUAAAUGUUUGCCUUUAACUCUGA